AUGAGUGGAUGCUCAAAAUUUGUUACAUUUCCAGAAUUCAAGAGAAAGAUGAAUUCCUUAAAAAAGUUUUAUCUAAUAGGCAGUGGCAUUAUAGAAUUGCAUCCCUCAAUUGGAAAUCUCAUUGGGCUUCAUGAGUUGUAUCUAGAUGGUUGUGAAGAUCUUACAACUCUACCAUGCAACAUAUACGAGUUACAAAAUCUAGAGAUCCUAAAUGUGAGUGGAUGCUCAAAUCUUGUUACAUUUCCAACAAAAGCAAGCAUUUCACAUGAUCAUGACAGUGGUUCACUAGCGCUUCCCAAGCUCCGUGUACUAAGAAUCAACGGAUGUAAUUUAUCAACUGCUGAUUUCAUUGGGAGUCUUGAUUGCUUGGAAACAUUAACCGAACUUGAUCUCUCAAGUAACAAUUUUGUUAAUGUUCCUGCACUUGGCAAAUUUGUCAACUUGCCAAGGAUUGACUUGGAUGGUUGCAAGAGACUUCGAGAGAUUCCAGAGCUUCCACUAAAUAUACUCAGGGUAUAUGCGUGGGAUUGCGAAUCACUGGAGAGAUUUUCGAUAUUGCCCCAGUCUUUGAAUAUGCUAGAGAUGGACUUGUGUAAUUGCCAUAGAUUUAGUUACAGUCUGGGCUAUGACAUGGGGAAGAUGGAAAAUAUUUUGCUGAAUAAUCAGAAGUCCCGGUUUAGGCUUUUAUUACCGGGUAGUGAGGUUCCGAAGUGGUUCCAUUGUUCUAAGGAGGUUGCUGCUAAUGAAAACGGCCCGUCCGGUACAUGUGCACUUUCUUUUGAAAUCCCAAGCAAAUUGAAUUGGGACAACAUAGGACUGGCUGUUUGUUCUGUUGUGGAAAGACGUAGUUUUAUGACUCGCGAUGGAGCUGAUAUUUCUAUCAAUGGGGUAUUCAUACAUCGGUGUGCCAAGUUGCCCAGUUGGCGCCGUUCCAAUUGGCUCUAUCCAAGGGCAGACCAUAUGUGGCUUACUCAUAUUCCAUUAUCUGAUGAAAUAAAGGGUAAGGUGGAUCAAAAGGGUUGGUCGCGUUAUCACUGUCGAGUUCAAUUUUAUUGUCCUCGAAUGAAAAGCUGUGGAGUUCACCUCGUAUGCGAACCACCGAAUGAAUAUUCAAAUAAGAGUGGUGAGCUAGAGUGGAGUUCUCCUCGUAUGCUGACCCUGCCGAUGGAAGUGUCUGCGAAUCCAGAACAAAAGAGGCCUCGUAAUGGAGGCAACGACGAUUAUGACCAUGAACAAGAGCAGCAGGAGCAACCAAUUCCUUCAAAACGACACUGCACUGAGGACCAACCGUCAAUGCCUCCAAUCCCCGAUCACUCUGCAUCUGCAUCCACCUCUGGUGUGUGGUGGAGUCUACCGGAUCAAAUCUUCCAGACUUGUGAUUGGCAAUAAAUUCUUGAUCUUUUUCCCAAUUCGCAAUUGACUCGGGCGAAUCUUGAUCCUAUCUCACCAGCCACUCCAGAGUUCCAACAAUAAUAUAUGUCAUGUUCUUUCAGAGACUAGCUGCUAUUAUCAGUGGGGAUUAUAGAUUUUCCACUUGGAAAGGUUACAGACUCUGGCCAAGUUGGACUAUAGAUUUUUCCAUUUGCUGAUUGCUGGUCUAACUGAAUUUGAGACGACCGCAAAUGAGCUAGAAGCAAAGAAUUUCUAGCCGGCUUUGGCCAAGUAUCUUUCUUCCAAGUAUCUUGCUUCAAGGUGAUGCAGCAGAUGGGAGCUGACACUAUUGAGGACGAAGGAAUUGGUUUUCAUUGUUUCUAAGGAUAGAAUUGAUACUGUGAGUAGUUACUCUUUCUUGGAGUUUGGCUCUGUUGUAGAUUUAUGCAAGCAAUCAUUAAUCAUCUGCAUCAAUUCAGCAGCACAUAUUCAAUAACUAACACCAAUCUGGAUUACCAUUCAAAAGGUCUAGUGGCACCGUAAGAAGGAGAUGAAACUACUUCUACCCAAGGUAACCAGCAAACCUGCAUAGCUCCCAUCACUCAGCUACUCCACAGCUUCAAUGACACCAUGAGGAAGCAACUGAGUUCUUUGUCUUCAGAACCAACAAAACCUCGUGGCGCAGAUGAAGGUGAUCAAGACCUGUAGCUGUCUUUGUCUCUGCAACUAACACUACCAUCUACUUCAGGUGAUCAAUCUGUAAGUUCACAUGCAUGUCAUCUUCUUUGUAUCUCUUUCUUUUCCAAGUUUUAACUACCUUCUGAAGCAGUAAAACUAUCUCCAUGGUGCUACUGUUGUACUAUAUGCAAGGUUGUUUCAGAAUAACAGUGUUUAUUAAGGUUUAUUCCAACUUAAUCCUACAUGUUUCAAAAUCCCGUUUACUAAAAUUGAUUUUAAAAUACCAACUUUAAUAUCUCAACUCCGGCGAUUUCAUCAUUUUCUUGAUUACAUUUAAUAUCUUAAUUGCAUCCAAUACCAUGAAGAAAUUAUGAUCCAUGUCUGCUAGCAGCUGUUUGAGGUGCAUCAUGUACAUUAAAUCUGGCCUAUUUUGAGGUGCAUUAAGGCCAAUGUUUCAUAUUUUCAGCCUAGCAGCUGCUACUUCAGAAUUGACCAAAUGGCCGUCACUUUACACAUAGCACUUCAUAGGUUAGUUCAAAUUCAUUUAUGCAUUGGUAGUCUUAAAUGUCUAUGGUGCAUACAUAUAAGGCAUUGACAUUGAUUUUAAUACUUUGAAACUGUGAAUAUAAGAAAUAAAGAAAAAGAGAGGACAAUGACAUUCAUCUUUAAACUAUGUGAUUGAAUCGAUCAGUAGGGAACAAAAUGGCUCUCUGUACUUCCUCUCUUUUUUCUUUCUUUUCUAGAUAUGCUCCAAAAUCUCUGUACGAAAUACUCUCUAUAUCACACUUUGAUUAUGUGAUUAAACUAUCCUGCCUCCUAGCUAGAACUCAGAUGUUACAGAAACAAUGAACGGAUCUUUGUAUUCCUUAAGAAUGCAGUGAUACUAGCACAUGGUAUUAGAAA